UUACCAGGGGCAGGUGGGAGGGGGAAGUGGAGAGUCAUUGCCUAGGUGACACUGAGUUUCUGUUAAGGAUGAUGAAAAAAAAUCAAAAACAGAUAGUGGUGAUGAAUGCACAAUUUGGUGAAUGUAAUUAAUGUUUCUGCACUGUACACGUAAAAAUGGUUGAAAUGGCAAAUGUUGUUAUAUAUACUCUACCACAGUCUAUAUUGAAAAUGACAAUAUAAAACACCAUUCCUUUCUAGAUUAUUGACUGCAAAAGUUUCAAGAACAAUUUAAAGACUUUUGUACACCACAGAAAGUGCAAGUUAUUGUCUACAAUUACUAAUCCAAACAAUAGUUGUGUGCGGUAUUUUGGUAUAAGAAACGGCUCUCCAGUUCACUCAGCUCAAAGAGCAGCCAAAAUGCCUUCAGGCAAAAGACCUUUUCACACCCGACCGUAACGUCUUAGAGAUCCAGGGAGCUCAGACUAUCCACUUGGCGGGAAAAGGAUAAACACGGACCCAAAGUUCCACAAUCUGUUUCUGUUUAGUUUAUAAACUGAGAUCGAGUGUGUCAGCUUUUGUGCCUUGUGGGACUUGAAGUCCAGAGGGAAGAAGUGAUCAGGGCUGUUGAGGCAGGGAAGCCGUCAGCCCCUGAACGUCUGCGCAGUAAGGACUACAACUCCCUACUUACAUCAGGAGGCCGCGCUGUAAUGACGGACAACCAACCAUGCCUGAGCAGGGCAAACCCCGCCCCCGAGCUCGAAGGACAGCCUCCACCAAUGGCAGAGCACCCAGUGCAGAGCCUGCGGGUUAGGUUGUGAGGCCCCGGCCGGGGGCGGGGAGGAGCCCAGUGGGUUCAGAACGAGCUCGGCAGUGGGGUGGGUCCGGGCGUUCGGCGCGCCCUUCAUUGAAGCGGCGGUGGCCGGGCUGGGCGCCGGGAGUGGGAAGCGACGGCGUGGCUGGAAAAUGCCGGUGCAUUCCCGAGGGGAUAAGAAGGAGACGAACCAUCACGAUGAGAUGGAAGUGGACUACGCUGAGAACGAGGGGAGCAGCUCCGAGGACGAGGACACCGAGAGCUCGUCGGUCUCCGAGGAUGGAGAUAGCUCAGAAAUGGAUGAUGAAGACUGUGAAAGAAGAAGAAUGGAAUGUUUAGAUGAAAUGUCUAAUCUUGAAAAACAGUUUACGGAUCUCAAAGAUCAGCUUUAUAAAGAACGAUUAAGUCAGGUGGAUGCAAAACUACAAGAAGUCAUAGCUGGAAAGGCACCAGAAUAUUUGGAACCACUGGCAACUUUACAAGAAAACAUGCAAAUCCGUACAAAGGUAGCAGGAAUCUAUAGAGAGCUCUGCUUAGAAUCUGUAAAGAACAAAUAUGAAUGUGAAAUUCAAGCUUCUCGCCAGCAUUGUGAGAGUGAAAAGCUUUUGUUAUAUGAUACAGUCCAGAGUGAACUAGAGGAGAAGAUAAGAAGGCUUGAAGAGGAUAGGCACAGCAUUGAUAUUACCUCAGAGUUAUGGAAUGAUGAACUUCAGUCAAGAAAAAAGAGGAAGGAUCCUUUCAGUCCUGACAAAAAGAAGCCAGUUGUUGUAUCAGGUCCAUAUAUAGUUUAUAUGCUUCAAGAUCUUGAUAUUCUUGAAGACUGGACAACAAUUAGGAAGGCAAUGGCUACAUUGGGUCCACACAGAGUGAAAACAGAACUUUUUGAACUGAUCCCUUUAGCACCUGUGAAAUUGGAAAAACAUCUGCACAGUGCUAGGUCUGAAGAAGGAAGACUGUAUUAUGAUGGUGACUGGUAUAUACGUGGACAAACAAUAUGUAUUGAUAAAAAAGAUGAAUGUCCUACGAGUGCUGUAAUUACAACAAUUAACCAUGAUGAAGUUUGGUUUAAGAGGCCUGAUGGAAGCAAAUCUAAGCUUUACAUUUCACAGCUACAGAAAGGAAAAUAUUCAAUUAAACACUCGUAAUCAUGAUUUAAGUGUUAUCUAAAUCUACCUUAUUAGUGUUACCAAGUGUGAUGUGCCACAAGAGUAAAAAAUGUAUUGAAUAAUUUAAUAUUCUCAUUGAAUUGUGAGAGGAUAUGUAUUUGUAGGUAGUGCUUUAAGUAGACCUCAUAUUGAUACAUUAUUAAAAGAAACAGUAAUAAAAGUUUAAUCAUGAUCAUUACAUUUAUUUGUCUGUUAGGUCCAGUGACCAAUAGAUAUAUGUGGUAGAGUUUCUUACUAAACUUUUUUCUUUUUUUUAAAUUAUGCAAAUUUGUCUUAUCUUUAGUGAACUAUGUUGCUAAAUGGCUGCAGUUAUCAGCAAUUUUUAAAAUUUUCUGUAUCUUUGUCAUUCAUUGUGUGUUUGUAAAUAAGCCUGAUGAAAUAUUUCCUGUAAAUGGUUUGUACUAGUACAUUAGUAUGAAAUCGGCAUUGAAAUUUAAAUAUAAUAUGUUUGCGUAUGUAUAUAUGGUAUCAUCAGCUUAUUUAGAACUGAUGGUUUUACUUUACAAUCUUGUUUUACCCAAAAUUAAGCUAUUGGGUUUGAAAGCUAAAAGGAGCACUUUUGUAGACUAGCAGAUUUCCUUCUCCUCUUUUUUGAUUGUAUGGUGGUGACCUAUUUUUUACAAAUUAUAAUGUUAAUUAGUAAAGUUAGUGUCAAGUAAUGACAUGCUUCUGUAGUACCUGUAUUUCUUGUGAACCUGUAGAGAGCAGGUAUUUAUGCCUGGCAUUUAUGAUGCAGCAUAUAAAUGGUGGGCAGUAACUGACAGUAUUGUGUGCUUGCUGCACAUGUCUGAUCUUUUGGAACAGAUUUUAAGUAAGCCUUUUCCAGAGGUAAAGCUAGGUCUUUAUUCUAAUUUUAUUCCUAGGGCGAAAUAGACAGGGAUAACUUCCUUGAAUCUAUUCCCAAAUUAGUAUUUUUAUCUUCAGUGUUUUUACACUUUAAGGCCAUUUGGUGCAAUUUAGAAAGUGUUGGCCUCCUUUCCCUUCGCCACAUUCAAAAUUAACUUCCAAAGCCUCAGGAGCCGUUAAAAGAGUCAAAACCCUCAAUAUGGCAGCACAACACGAUGGCUGUAAUGUAUGGUUAGGGUAUAACCAAAACAAGUUUUCCUGGUGGUCUUGUGCACUUUAAUUUUUGUUAUAGUGACACUUAAGAGGAUGAGGAAGAAAUCUAGUUAUUAACACUUAGGGCAGAAAUAUCUGCAUUAUUCCGUUUUUUGUUUUUUUUUUAACUCUUUUACCUCUGCAAACAUUUUCCUGUGCAGAUCACUACUUCACAGUUGCCAAACUUUAAAAUAUUUGACUUCUGAAACUCAUUAUCAGCAAAGUAAUGUUACUUUGUUCUGUUUCUAAUUAACCUUAGCAAAUGUGUAUAAUGUCAUAAUCCAAUAGUAUUUGACAGUACUUAUGUAUACAAAGUUUGAUAAGCAUUUUUAAUAAGAUUUGUAUUUUUAAAUUUAGUAUAUAAUAAAAAGAUGUGUUCAAGUGUCAUUUGUAGUGUCUUAAAUUACUUAUACGUAUUUAGUCCUUUAUUAUUUGUAACCUGUCUGUUUCUAAGAAGGAUUUGAGUGCUGGAGUGCUGAACAAAUGUUUUUGUUUCCUUAAACCACAACCCAGCCUCUACUGGGGCAUAUUUACAUGCUCAUGACAGCAAUUUUAUUUAAUUAAAAAGAAAUCUAUGCGUAUGUUAUGCUUUAAUAAAAAUGUACUGUAUCUAAGUUCUGAAAUUCUGAAUAGAAAGUAUGUAUUUAAAAAAUUAUGAUUUAGUAUGUUUACUUUCAAAACUUUGUAUUUAUAUCAUAUAUAACGAUUCUGCCAUAUUAAGAUUCAUAUGCAUGUCUAUAAUUUUUGUUGUUGUUAGUUGUCGUCAAGUUGAUUCUGACACAUGGCAAUCCCAUGCGUGCAGAGAAGAAUUGCUCCAUGGGGUUUUCAAGGACGUGACCUUUUGGAGGCAGAUCGCCAGACCUGUCUUUUGACGCACCUCUGGGUGUGUUUGAAAUGCCAACCUUUGGGCUAGUAGUCGGGUGCUUAACCGUUUGUGCUACGCAGGGACUCCCUAUCUGUGAUUAAAGUACUAUAAAAUAUAUUUUAUUAUUGACAGUUUGCCAUUAGUCUUCUGUCGUAAGGUCUAAUGUAGGAGAAUUGUUAGAAACUAUGAAAUGUGAUAUAGCUGCUGCUGCUGCUGCUAUGUUAAUGACCAGCCUCUGUCUUAGUACCAGUUUAUGGGCUUUUCCUGUCUUACCUCCCAGCUUUUUGUGUUUAGUCCACCCCUUCCUGCCAUUUUGUAAUUUAAAAAAACUCCAGUCAUCACUAAUCCAGUUCAUCACUAAUAAUUGUUACCCCCAACCCAUUGCUGUGUAGUUGAUUCUGACUCAUAGUGACCCUAUAAGACAGAGUACAACUGCCUCAUAGGGUUUCCAAGGCUGUAAUGUUUAGAGAAGCAGACUGCCACAUCUUUCUUCCACGGAGCAGCUGGUGGGUUCCAACUGCAGAACAUCCAGUUAGCAAUCGAGUGCUUAACCACUGUACCACCAGGGCUCCCCGUUACUGGCACACUCCACAUUCAGUGGGCCAGGCACUGGGUACUUUUCAUUGCAGCUUUCCUCAUGUAAAAGCUGUUCUGAUGUGUAUAUUGUUACUCAGAACUCAAACGCCACUGACAGAACAAUACAUGUGUCAUUGAUAACUAUUUAAUAAAAACAAGGAAGUUGGCUGAUAUUUCUAAGUUGUUGUUUUUUUUUUUUUGACCCCAUAAGUCUGGAACAAUAGAAUUGAACUAAAAUGAAUUUCUCUUAUAAGGAAAAUGGAUAUAGGAUGGAUGCAAAUUAUUUUAACUGUUAAAGAUAAAAUCUGAAAUAUUAAAAAAGAACAUGAAAGCUCAGAAUGGUGUCAGAGAAAAUACAUAUUCCUUAUAUUGUCUUUAUGAUGAACCACAGGAAUUGUGGCUGGUACAUAAGGUGAGAUUACAGGGCAAUUCCAUCAUUGGUCACUGUGAGCCAGUCUUGCUCUCUACUUCAUGGGCCCAGGAACUAGAAUUUUUUCAUCUAGGUAACUGAAGAAUAGGGCAUCAGGAUUGAAGGAGGACUCGUUAACAGCUCGGGAUAUACAGAUGACACAACCUUGCUUGCUGAAAGUAAAGAGGACUUGAAGCGCUUACUGAUGAAGAUCAAAGACCACAGCAUUCAGUAUGGAUUAUACACAACAUAAAACAAAAAUCCUCAAACGGGACUAAUAAGCAACAUGAUAAAUGGAGAAAAGAUUGAAGUCGUCAAGGAUUUCAUUUUACUUGGAUCCACAAUCAACACGCAUGGAAGCAGCGUCAAGAAAUCAAACAACUUGCAUUGCAUUGGGCUAAUCUGCUGCAAAAGACCUCUUUAAGGUGUUAAAAAGCAAAGAUGUCACUUUGAAUAAGGUGUGCCUGACCCAAGCCAUGGUGUCUUCAGUCACCUCAUAUGCAUGUGAAAGCUGGACGAUGAAUAAGGAAGACCUAAGAAGAAUUGACACCUUUGAAUUGUGGUGUUGGUGAAGAAUAUUGAAUAACCUAUGGACUGCCAAAAGAACGAACAACUCUGUCUUGGAAGAAAUACAGGCCGAAUGUUUCUUAGAAGCAAGGAUGACAAGACUGCGUCUCACAUUCUUUGGACACGUUAUCGGGGGACCACUCCCUGGAGAAGGACGUCAUGCUUGGUAAAGUAGAGGGUCAGUGAAAAAGAGAAAGACCACCAAUAAGAUGGAUUGAUACAGUGGCUGCAACAAUGGGCUCAAACAUAACGAUUAUGAGGAUGGUGCAGGACCAGGCAGUAUUUUGUUCUGUUGUACAUAGGGUCACUAUCAGUCAGAACCAACUCCAUACCACUUAACAACAACAGAUGAUUGUGCUCUGGGGAGUUUACUGACCAGCCCACAGUGGAUUGAAAUGUACAGCAGAGUGUCAUUUUUGUAAUUUACAUUGGGAAGUGAGGAUGGCCCUGGACUAGGCAGUGUUUCUUUUUGUUGUACAUAGGGUUGCUGUCUUAGUUAUCUAGUGCUGCUGUGACAGAAAUACCACAAGUGAUGGCUUUAACAAAGAGAAAUUUAUUUUCUCACAGUCUAGUAGGCUGGAAGUCCAAAUUCAGGGCAUCAGCUCCACGAGAAGGCUUUCUUUGUCAGCUCUGGAGGAAGGGCCUUCUCCUCAGUCUUUACCUGGGCUAGGAGCUUCUCUGCGUAAGAACCCUGGGUCCAAAGGACACAUUCUGCUCCUGGCACUGCUUUCUUGCUGGUAUGAGGUCCCCCUGUCUCUCUGCUUGCUUCUCUUUUAUAUCUCAAAAGAGAUUGGCUCAAGAUGCAUCCAAUCUUGUAGAUUGAGUCCCGCCUCAUUAAUAUAUAUAACUGCCACCUUCCCCACCUCAUUAACAUCAUAGAAGCAGGAUUUAGCACACAGGAAAAUCAUAUCGAAUGACAAAAUGGUGGACAAUCACAAUACUAGAAAUCAUGGCCUGACCAAAUUGAUACCCAUUUUUUGGGGACACAAUUUAAUCCAUAACAAUUGCUAUGAGUCUUAAAGGACUCAGCAGCACAUGACAACAUAACAACAACAUUGGGAAGUAUAAUGGAGAAGGUGACACGACUCCUCAAGUUAACUUGUUGGCACAUUCCCUCCCUCUAGGAAAAUAUAUGCAAAAGCAAAAUUGUAACCAGAAAAUUUCUUUGUUUAGGUGAAACUUCAGGGAUUCAGCACUCUCUGGUGAGGGUGCCUCCUUUCUGGUAUGUGUUGAACACAUUGUUACAAUCUUACUUUUUUUUUUCCUUGGUACCCUGUUGCCCAAGAUAUCUUUUUUAUUAAUGUGCUGUGCAGGCCUUGCCCAUAGACCUCAUCUAAGUUUUUUUAUACCAUGUUCCUUGCCACUCUGGUCAAUUUAUUGGACCAGCGUGUCCCCUAAAUCAUGGGCAGAAAGUGAUAAUAAUACUUGUAAUUUGAUUGCUAGCAACGUGCCAGGGACCGUGUUUAAUAUAUAAACAAAGUCAUUAUUUAAUGAUACUUUUCUUGUUUAAAACAGAAAUGUAAAAUAUUAUGUAAGAAUUCUGAUGUGUUUACUCCUUAUAUAUUUGCCAUACAUUGGGAAUUAUCUGGCCAUGAUGUUAUAUUUUGAAUGUUCUAAAAUAAGUUGAUUAUCUCAAGUUGCUAAACUUUCUGAAAAAGUAUAUGUGUAAUACAUACUUAUAAGUAUAUAUAUGACUACAGAGAGCAACUUAAAGUAUAAGUUUUUUUUGCUCCUAAACUUGAAGCUAAUGUGUUCUCUUUCAAAGACAUGUUUUAUUAAAGGAAGGUCAGAGAAAGAAGUUACGUAGUGACAUUCUUAGAGUCUAUUUUUCCUUUUUUAUUUUCCUGUAUCCUUGCAGUGCUGUGGAUUACUUAAUGUGGCCCUUCUAGCCAUACCUUUUGUGACUCCCACACAUGAUUGGGUGGGACCAUGCAAGUAAGGUGUAUGGAACCAUAAUGAGGGGAUUGGUUAGUUUUGCCAUCCCACUAGGCUUAAAAUAAGCCAUCCCAGAGGUGGGAAGAGAGGGUCUCAACACCACCAAGGGAGAAGAACCAGGAGUGGACUGUAUCCUUUGGACCCAGGUUCUCUGUGCUGAGGAUGUCCUGGAACCAGGAGACAGAGAGCUGUAAACACCAAAGACAGUGAGAAGCAGCGGCAGAGAAAUGGCAGCAGCAAAGGCAGGAGAAUAGGAGACAGCAUGGUGUGGUUCUGGUCCCACGAAGCGAGAAAGCCGAGUGCCUUUGGGCAGGAGGCUCACUGGCAGAGUAUGUGCCUACAGGCACUUGGUGGAGCUAGGUGAAUUUGAAUGCCUUCAGUCUGAGGCUUACUGGCGGAAUGGGGUGCCUUGGGGGCACUUACAGCAGAGCUAAAAGAACUUUGUAACACUUGAUCAAAUGGGGCAGAGGCUGAGGGCCAGAGAGAGGCCUGCCUGUGGGCAUGGCUGAGAAGAGGCUGUCUUGAUUGAAGAACUGUAUCCUGAGCAUUCCUGAACUGAAUUGUAACCUGUUACUUCCCUAAUAAACCCCAUACUUGUGAAUAUUGUCUCUGAGUUCUAUGUAGCCAUGAAUUAUCGAACUUGCCAGAGAAGUAAAGUGCCAUGGAGGGAUGGUUUGUGUCAGAAUUGGUAAAAAAGAUUACAGGGUGAAGGCAAGACUGACCUCUGCCUCAUAGGAAUCAGCCUUGGGCUGUUGAUCUUGAUUCUCCUUCCCCUUUGUGAAGUUAAACAAGAAUAUCAGACACCCCAACACCAUUUUUACAGUUGGUGUCAGAAGUGGGAUUUGUUGCAAUGGCUCCAGACUAAUGGAAGCAUGAGAUUUUGUAAGAAAAAGAGCAAAGGGGCUUCGGAAGUGAAAUUUUUAACUCUUAGAUGGUUACUUUGGUUGUUGUUGCCUAUAAUGGCUGAAAGAAAAGUAGAGAUGUUAUGUUGCAUUUGAGGGCAGAAAAGCCACAUCUGGAGUGGCCUGGGACAAAAGCCAGGUUGAUUAAACAAAAUGAUUGAAAGGGGUCAGGGCUUACUGGUUCUACCCAGCCAGAGACCUGAGGCCAUAUACAUAUGAAUGGGAAGAUAGAUGAGGGGUGGAGAAGAUAAGAUGACACUGGAACAUUUUUAAAAGGGUUAUGUGUUUAUUUGAAUAUACUGUGGUUACUGAAUAUUUCUCCUACCUAGUGUUAUGAAGCAGACAUAGAUAGAAAUGAAUAUUAAGUAUUAUAGAUAACAGAUCAUGUAACUCUACCUUCAGACAACAGUACUUGAUUGGAUAUGCUGAAAGGGGAACUAGAAUUUGCCUGAAAGAAACAGGCUUUUGGUUUGAACGCAGUAAACCAAACCAAACCCUUUGCCAUCAAGUUGAUUCCAACUCAUAGCAACUAUGCAGGAUGGACUAAAGCCACCACAUUUCCAAGGAGUGGCUGGUGGAUUCAAACUGCCGACCUUUUGGUUAGCAGCCAUGGCUCUUAAACCACUGCGCCACCAGGGCUCCUUGAAUGCAGUAGCCGGGUGUAUAGCAUAUCUGGCAUUAGGUCCACAACCUGAGCCCCUCCCAGGAAUUUUGCAGUUGAAAAGACACAAAGGCCUACCCAGA